UCAGAACCCCACAUCAUCGUAGAACCCGAUUUUAGAGCUGAAAAAUAAAAAUGGGUGUGUUUGUCAGAGAACCCAUUUCAAGAAACUAUUUAAACUUGAAACUACUCCUCUUCAAUGCCUUACAUUCCCACGCCGACAGACAGACCUUAGUACUACGACGUCGUUCUACAAGACCUGAGCAACAGCAGUUGCUUCACGGUAGCUCUCUGCCCUUGUCUAGUUUGUUUCUUUCUGCUUAUUGUAAGAUUUAUUCAUGUCUUUUGUCGCACCCCGCUCCACUCAAUUUAGUACAAGAUACAAAGUUGUUGAAUAGUAGAGCAUUGUUUGAUUUUAAUUUGGGGUUUAAGGGGUCUUUUGGGGUGUCUAGUUUUGUGGGUUUGCGAAAAGAUUUGAUUUUUAGGCCUAGGGGGUUUUGUAGUGUUGGUGGUUAUGAUGAUUGCAGUGAUCUUGAGGAUGAGGGUGAUGAUGUUGGUGAGGGUGAGAGUGGGAGUGUUAAGUCAGAAGCUGAUUUACGAGAGGUUGAGAGGGUGUGUAAGGUGAUCGAGGAAUUGUCUGCAUGGAAUAGGAAAAUGGUUUCGGGUUUGAAUGAAUGUGGGAUUAACUUGAGUCAUGAUUUUGUUGUGGAUGUGUUGGAUAGGUUUAAGCAUGCUAGGAAACCGGCAUUUAGGUUUUUUUGUUGGGCGGGGAAUCAGGAGGGUUAUGUUCAUGAUUCGAGGACUUAUAAUGUGAUGAUGAGGAUAUUAGGAAAGGCGAGACAGUUUGAGACUAUGGUGAGUUUGCUUGAAGAAAUGGGGAAGAAGGGGGUUUUGAAUAUAGAGACGUUUCAGAUUGCAAUUCAAACUUUUGGGGCUUCACAAGAAAGGAGGAAGGCAGUUGCGAUGUUUGAGUUGAUGAAGAAGUAUAAGUUCAAAGUUGAUGUGGAUACUAUUAAUUCUUUUCUUGAUGCUCUAGGGAGAGCGAAGCUUGGGAAAGAAGCUCAAGUUUUGUUUGGUGAGUUGGAGGAGAGAUUUACCCCUAAUUUACAGACUUAUACUGUUUUGCUUAAUGGGUGGUGUAAAGUGAAGAAUAUAAUGGAGGCAGGGAGGGUAUGGAAUGAGAUGACUGACAAGGGUUUUAAGCAUGAUGUUGUUGCUUAUAAUACGAUGCUCAGAGGUUUUUUAGAUGAUAAAAAACUGCCUGAUGCUAUUAAGCUUUUUGAGGUAAUGAAGACAAAGGGCCCGACACCUAAUGUUCAAAGCUACUCAAUUAUGAUUAGGUAUCUUUGCAAGCAAAAAUUGAUAAAACGAGCUGUUGGGUACUUUGAGGAAAUGGCUUCUUAUGGUUGUGAGCCAGAUGCUGCAGUUUACACAUGCUUGAUAACCAGAUUUGGCAAUAUGAAGAAGAUGGAUAAAGUUUUUGGAUUGCUGAAGCAGAUGAAGGAAAGAGGCUGUCCACCUGAUGCACAGAUGUAUAAUGCUUUAAUAAAAUUGAUGACCAGAUGCAAAAUGCAAAAGAAUGCCCUCAGAAUUUACAAGGAGAUGCUUCAGAAUGGUAUUCAACCAACUAUCGACACUUACAAUAUACUGAUAAAGUCAUUUUUCCAAACAAAAAGAUUUGGCAUGGGUUUUGCUGCUUGGGAAGAUAUGAAACGGAGGGGAUGUUGCCCUAAUUAUAAUUCCUAUAAUCUUCUCAUUAGAGAGCUUAUGAAGCAGGGAAGAUCUAUUGAUGCCUGUAAAUAUUUGGAGGAAAUGAUUGAGAAGGGAAUGGAAGCUCCUCAAAUCGAUUACGACAAGUUUAAAUCCGAUUGUUCAAGGGCCGGGAAACCUCAUAUAUUGGAGGAGUUGGCUCAGAAGAUGAAGCUCUCAGGUAAGUUGGAAGACUCCAGUUUUCUUUUUUUGGGAUGUGCAGAGAUGAACAGUGGAGUAAAUAGUAGGCAAUUUUGAUAUGUAGAAGCUGAGUUGGCUUAGGAAAGAUGAACUAGUCUUUAGAAUGCAUAUCAACAGUUGGCCUAUAUGAUAACGAUACUGUAUAUAAUGUGAGAAGUAGGUCCCCAUUAGAUGAAGUUUUUUGGUUAUUGUGAUUUUUCGGGCGAA